AUGUCCAGUGCCAAUCAGUUGGAAGAGUUGAAAAAACUGAUUGAUGCUUCUCAUGAGAAACCAGAGGAUGAUAAAUUACAAGAAGCAACAAUCCAGAAGUGCUUCGAAUAUAUUGCUGGAUUCCCAGUAGAUAGGCAUUUGUUUUGUGAUGCUGAGGGUUACCAUGCUGGUAUCCAUGGGCUAAUAUUAUUCUCUUUUCCUGAAUCAGACGCUUUAUCAUGGUACAAACAGAAGAUUGGAACAUACUUAGAUUCCUGUCAGAAAUGUAUUUAUAUGUUUCAUCAGGGAAGAGCAAGCUUGAGAGAAAAGUUUUUGUCAUCAAGAGAGCUUGAUUACAGCUCGGUUACUCAAUUCACACAAAUGAUUUUGGAUUGGGAGGCAUCCAGGCUUGUACCUAUUUUCCAGGAAGCAUGCAAACAGAUCCAGAUGAAUCAAGGGGUAGAAAGCACUGCUUUAAUUUUAAACAAUAGAGUAAUACUAGCAAUAAUAGAAUGUCUUUGUGGUCCGGGACUAUUUAGGGUGAACUAUCAGUUGAGGUCUUUAUUCUCAGAAGUUUUCAAAUAUUUGCUUGAAAGCAAGACGCCGUUCAAAUUCUCUAAUAGUGGUAUGCCAGCAGCUGUAAUAUUCUUCCUCUUUGAAGGCUCAGAUUUAGAAAAAGAUUGGGCUAUAAAUACACUCUCUGAAAUCUCUGCAACGAAGAAAAUUGAGCCGAAAGAGUUUAAUUCAGCACUCGAGGAAGAAUUAGAGAUGCACUUGUAUGAAAUACAGAAUCCAGAAUAUUACAAUGAUGAUACAUGUAUUAAGUUUUGGGAAAAUAUGGUUUUAAUAAUCAAUGCCCUGACAAAAGACACUGUCCUUCAAAAAUUGCAGGGACCAAAUAACAUGUCCCAUAUUCAAAAAUAUUUCACCUAUAAACUUGUUCUGCUCACAAACAUAUUGAAAAAUCAUGUCAUGUCUUACCAGAAAAUUCCUUUGCCUUUUAUUCUAAGGGCCUUUAAUUCAUUGCUUCUUAAGCUUGAGAGCUCUUUCUGGAGUCUAGUGAAGCCAGAAAUGUUCAAUAAUUUCUUGGCAACAAUUUUUGGCAAUCCAUAUUAUUUGAAAUAUAUCAUAGAAUUGAACAAUAAUCAAUCAAGUUCGGGGGCUCUGUUGAACGAUUUACUUUACUGGGUCAAUCCACUAUACAAAUCCAUCGCGGUUUCUCAGCAACAGCAAGCAGGAACAACAGUAUCAGACUUUUUCUUGAAGUUAUCAACUGACAAGAGUGUUGGAAUUCCACAGUUCACGAGGAGCUUAUUAAUUUCUGUUGCAUGCGACUUACUUUCAAGAUGUUUGAAAUUAGAAGUGCCGCUAUAUGAUUUGAAUUUUACGGUCGAUCUUUUGGUUAGAGUCGAAUCAAGAAGUUUGGUUGAUAAACACAGCGAUUUAUUCAUUAGUACUUGUUUUGAUAACAAUAGCCUUUGUAGUGGUGAUGAAAACUCCAAUUUCUUGAAAGAGUCAUGCAUAAAUCUUGUCUCUAGAUGUCUCCAGUUUGAUAUUUUAAAUUUUUCUCAAAAUAGUUAUAACUCUUACAAGAACUCCAACUCUUCACUUGCUCCAUUUUCUCCAACACUAUGGGAAAAAAUGACCAAUAGAAAUUUCAGUUCUCGUCUGUUCCUUCAUCAAUCUUUUUUGAUGACUAAGUUGCUCUCUUCCCUCAAGGGGAUUCCGGGUAUUCUUGUGAUUAAAGGGGAUGCAAAACUAAAAGAUCAAUACUCUUCUAUGCUUUUAUAUUUAAACAAUCUAUUAUCCAUGUUCUCAGAAGUUAGCCCACAGCAACUUAGAAUAGUGUUGAAGGAUCCCGAUGCAUUGGAUGGUUUAUGGUCAUCUAUUUUGUCACCAGAGCAAGAAAUUUCUCAGAGCGCGACCUCAAUACUUUAUGAAGCUUAUGAUAGUUCUGGAAGAUUUGAAGGUAUUCGGAGUAUCUUAAAUGAGAACUUUGAGUAUUGUUUAAAAUCCGUCACUCACAGUUUAUCUAGAACAAUAUCUUGCGGUUUUUAUGAACCAUGCCCAAGAGCUGUUAGAGUUUUAAUGGAUGUUAUCAAUGCAUCCAAUGAUCCUAUUACCGGAAUGCUAUCUGAUAGAACUAAAUUUGCGAAUAUCAAAGAUAAAUCUUUUCUUAAGGAAUUUUGGGUUCAAUGCUGGGAUUUUUUGGUAUUCAUUUACAAAGAGACCUUAAAAUGGGCUAAUAGUUAUGAUUCGAAGCAAUUAGUUGAAUUUACAAGAGAUACAUUAGACCUAAGUCAUCUUAUUUUGAACUGUUUUACAAACAUUUCCACCAUUCUUUCUUUAAGUGAUCUGUCUUUGAGGGGAUUAGUAGAAAAAGAUCUAUUUCAAAAUAUUUUAGACUCUUUUAGGUCCAUGUUGGUUUGGCUUAGAUUGAGUGAUAGUGCAUUGUUGACAUUAUGUGUUGAUUUGAUUAUUAAGGCUGUUGAUUUAGCCGGAGAAUUGAAUUUGCCAUUCAGCGAUGAUGUUGUUGAGUUAUUGGCCAAGUAUGGUUGUAAAGCCAAGAAAUUUAAUAAUAAGUUGACAGAUGAACAAGUUUCUGAGAUCCUCACUAGAGCUAGAGGUUUGAAUGAAGAAUUAGUUGAAAAAGUCACUGGUGAAGCAGAAGAAUAUAGGAAAAGUACCAAACCUAGCACAGAUAGCUCUAAUAACAGCACCGCAGCGUCAACACCAGUACCGUCUAUUGCUUCUUCAACGAAUUAUUCAAGAUUUGACAGCCACAAGCCUGAAAAAGAACUCUCAAAACUUGAUAGAAUUAAAAUGGAUAUCAGGCAAAACAGAGCCACUUCAUCCAGCAAGCUGCUUAUCAUUCAUCCUCCAAGCAAAUCUGGAUUUCAUAGUAAAAGAGGGAAAAAGGAUGAUGAUGAAUCGGAUUCUGAUUCUGAUUUGGAUGAUGGUGUACGUGAAUUGUUUAUGAAGAAUAAGAAGGAAAAGGCAAAAGCUACUCUAUUGGAUAAGAUGUCACAAAACAAGUCCCUAAAGCUUAAGCGGCCUGUGGCUUCUGCUGCUGAUGAGCAGAAGAAGAAGGAAUUGAAUAUGAGAAGAAGAUUAAAUGUUAGUUUGGAUCCGUUGUACAGAAGUGUUUUAUCGUGGACCUAUAACAGAGUGAGUGAUUUCCCAGAUGAAAGAGGAAGAGAGAUUUAUCAACCAGUCAGGGAUAAUUUUGAUAAUGUAAAGGAUUAUCAAAAAACAUUUGAGCCACUACUUCUUUUAGAAUGUUGGCAAUCAAUUGUGCAAUCUCGUCAAUUGACCCAAGAAAAACCGUUUGAGUUAUUGAUUGGUACUAGAGCUUCUGUUGACAACUUUUUUGAUGUCUAUGCGUCGAUAGAAAAAUCUGUGUUAUAUGACAGAAAAAUUGGUGAAUCUGAUUUGCUUGUGCUUGGUUAUGUAAGGAACGAUGGACAAAAAGUUGAAAAUAUGACAUCAAGAGUUUUGGAGGAGACUCUGAUUAGUUGUUUAGCAAAAGUUCGAGAAAUAAAGUCGGCAAACUCAGAUUAUGCGGAUAUCACUUUAAGAGUUAUGCCAAACAAUAAUCCAAUGAUCCCUAUCUUUUCUCCUCAAACUUUAGUUACUGGUCUUAAGGUUAUGCAGAUGGUCACAAUAGAGAGAGAAUAUUCUUCUCUUUUUGGUUUACAGUACUAUGAUUUGUUUAGUAACAUCAUUAAAGCUAAGCCAACAUUUGAAGAAAAUGAAGAUAAAAGUGAAGUCAACAAAAUGAUUUCUACUUUCAAGGUCAAUGAGUCACAAGCUGCAGCAAUUAUUGGAUCGGUGCGGAAUAAGGGAUUCUCAUUAAUUCAAGGUCCUCCAGGGACAGGUAAAACGAAAACUAUUCUUGGUAUUGUUGGUUAUAUCUUAACUUCUAAUAGGCUGUCCAGCAUAAUCACGGCUCCACAAAAGAAAAAUCAUCUUGAAGUGUCGAAAAAUCAGAAAAUAUUGAUUUGUGCUCCUAGUAACGCGGCUGUUGAUGAAUUGGUGCUUCGUUUGAGAUCUAAGAUAAAGGAUUCUGAAGGUAAUGAUUUCCAACCGAAGGUCGUUAGAUUGGGUAGAUCAGAUGCGAUCAACAGUGCUGUUAAGGAUCUUACUUUGGAAGAGUUGGUUGAUAAAGAGCUCGGCGCUAAACAGGAUGAUCAAGUUUUAUCUGACGGCAGUAUCAGACAGGAGCUUAACAAAUGUCUCCAAGAAAGAGAUCUGAUCAGAGCACAACUUAACCAGGAGGAUUUGCCAGAUGAUAAAGCCGUUCAAUUGCAAUUAAAAAUCAGAGAAAUAACAAAAAAGAAAAAUGAGUUAGGUAGGGCACUUGAUGAGCAAAGAGAAAAAGUGUCGGUUUCUUAUCGUAAUAAGGAAAUUGAAAGAAGAAAUAUUCAAUUCAAGAUUCUAUCAAAUGCAAAUAUUAUUUGCUCAACAUUAUCUGGGUCUGCCCAUGACCUUGUUAAGGGCAUGAACAUCAUUUGUGACACGGUUAUUAUUGAUGAAGCUUGUCAAUGUACAGAAUUGUCGGUCAUCAUUCCUUUAAGAUAUGGAUGCGAAAAAUGUAUUAUGGUUGGCGAUCCAAAUCAGUUACCUCCAACUGUUUUGUCUCAAACCGCCGCAUCAUAUAACUACGAGCAAAGUUUGUUUGUCCGUAUGCACAAAAAUUAUCCAAACUCAGUCUAUUUAUUGAAUGUCCAAUAUCGUAUGCACCCUGACAUUUCCAGAUUCCCAAGUGAUGAAUUCUAUAAUUCUAAAUUGAUUGAUGGUAACAAAAUGAGAGAGCUUAACACCAGAGCCUGGCAUAGUAUUUAUCCUUUGAGUCCUUACAGGUUCUUCGAUAUUGCUGGUAGACAAGAACAAAGCUCUAGAUCCAAAUCCUUUUUUAAUACCACGGAGGCAGUAGUUGCUUUAGAAUUGGUGAAGAAAUUGGAAAAGAUAAGUGUGAAGUUGGGUAUUAAUAUAGAAGGCAAGAUUGGUAUAAUUUCCCCGUACAAAGAACAAAUAGGCAAAUUAAAAAGUGUUUUUAUUAGACAUUAUGGUAAACCAAUCUUGAAUAUCAUUGAUUUCAACACUGUUGAUGGUUUCCAAGGCCAAGAAAAAGAAGUUAUUAUCAUGUCUUGUGUUCGUGCCAGUGGUGGAUCGACCGUGGGUUUUUUGGCAGAUGUCAGAAGAAUGAACGUUGGUCUUACUCGUGCAAAAACUACACUUUGGGUAUUAGGUCACAGAGAAUCCUUGUCUGUCAAUAAGGUUUGGAAUCAUCUCAUUGGGGAUGCUGAUAAGAGGGGUCUUGUUAGCAAAGCUUCGCCUGGAUUCUUGAAAGGCGAACUUGUGGAUCCAGGAAAGGUUAAAUCAGGUAGCAUUCCUCAGUCGAGCAAGUUUAUUGAAGAUGUCACUAAAAAAUCCCCUAAAAAAGCAAAAUCGAAGUCUAGAGAAAAAGAUAAAACUAAAAGCAAAGAUAAAGAGAAGAGUAAAGAUAAGGUGAAAAAUAAAGAUAAAGAUAAGACAAAAAAUAAAGGGAAGGAUAAAGAAUCCUCCAAAAGCGAGGAAAAGAAGAAAAAGAAAAAAGAAAAAGAUAAAGACAAAACGGUUGGUGAUGAUAAUAACGCCCAUUUUGGUAACGAUGCCAAGAACGAAGAAAACGCACUUGUUGAUAAUAAGAUACAUUCAGAUAUUGGUACAGCAAUUGACGAUAAAAUAGGGGGCUCUUCUGACAGUCUCAAGAGGAAGCCAUCGUCAUUGCUCAAACCAGCUGGCCAUAAGGUUCAAAAAUCCAGCUUGUUCAUUAAGAAAAAUUCCAACAAAAGUGGAUUUACGGGAUCACCAACAAUAAACACAGCUUCUGAUAAAAGAACCAAUAAAAUCCCACCUCCUAAAAGAUCCGGUGCCAUUACUAAUCCAGCUGCAACUGAAUCACAAACACAUCCGCCGGCCAGCUUUCUCUUGAAUUUGCCGACUGCUCCGAAAAACAGGGAAUAUACUGGAAGCAACAGUAACUCUUUCCGUAACGCUGAAUCUAAUUCCUCUAACCAGAAGUAUGGUAACAAUAGGUUUCCAACCAAACCAGGCUUCAAAAAUAAUGACCAUAGUUCAGGAUUUAAGAAUUCUGACUAUAAUCAGAAUCCUAAACAUGGCUCUCCUGGUUAUUUUGGAUCAGGAUAUCCAAAUCAAGCUGCCAACAGAAAUUCAAGCUAUCAAGGAGGUCCGCCAGAUCUCAGCAGAAAUAAUGCAAGUAAUUAUAACAGUUAUCAAUAUGGCAAUUACAACAGUUAUGGCAAUUACAAUAAUUACGACAACAGUUAUAACAACUACAACUAUAACAACAAUCCACAAUAUAACAGAAAUGAUAGCCACAAUACUCAGACCAAUUAUAACAAUAAUUCGAAGCCCUUCAAUAAUUCACAAUACAAAAAUAACACCAAGAAUGAUUAUAGAAACUGGAAGCGAAAGUGA